AUGCACCUACCACCAGCUAUACCAGCUUUGCAUUACAAUGAUGAUUUACAUCUAGCUGUCGACACGUAUACACCUGGACUUUUCGAAAUCGAUGACAUGCCACUGAUAUUGCGUGCAUCGCGAAUAUCCGAAAGAGAUAUGAUCUUUCGACUUCGUGAACAGAAUAUGGAGAGAGAAACAAGACGAAAAGGAGAAAAAAGAGACGGAAGUGGAAGAAGUGGGGGGUGUGGGAGAAGAUGGGAAAGAUUGGAAAGACGGGAAAGAGUAGUAAGUGCACCGCCGCAGCUGUAUACCAAUUGGAGGCAGAAGGCGUUGCCGCAAGCUCCAAAGCAACGAAAUUUACAGAAACAUGCAAUUGUUUUUGAUGUGGAUCUGGAUCUUCAAAAACCUUGUUGUUCAAGUGCUUGUUUAGAGAAGACUAUCAGAAUCCCAGAAAUGGACUCUGCACUUUCUGUGCAUCAUUCACGAGCCGUUGCAAAAGUGCCAACAUUAUCUUCUUCUGUGUCGUUUUCGUCGUUGCCUUCAUCUUCAAUACUUGAAGAUCUCCACGAGAUGGCAGAGAACACAAUAUCCCUGUAUUCAUUACGCGACUCAUUAGAGAGUAAUAUUGAUAGCUUAUUUGCAAAUGACAAAGUUAUUGUUAAAGAUGUUGACGUUAAGUAUAGUGGUGAUGAUGAUUAUGAUUAUGAUUAUGAUACUUAUGAUUAUGAUUAUGUUGGCAUUGGCAAUAGUGUUGGUGGUGUUAUUAUUCCUGCGUCUGAUGAAAGGAAUUUUACCACCUUGCCAACCAGCAAGCCCGAGUUAAAUACUCAUGGAGGUCUAAAUGUUCCGAAAAUUCGAGAACAAAGAAACCCAAUGUUUUUGGAGCUGAAAACUUUCCCUGCUCGCGUAGAGACUACUACUGAAGAAAUAAAUCAACUGAGUAAACAUGAAACCCAAAUAACCGAGCUUAAAAAAGGGCCACAUGAUUUUUGUUUGGAUUCUCCUAUCUUUUAUAGAGAGAGCAAAUUUCCCAGAGUAGUUUCCAGUCCUUUACAUAGUAAAGAUGUUGGACGAAAACCUCAUAGAGUAAUAACAGAUCCGUACGCAACGAGAAAAGAGUGUCCGAUAAACCAUCCACAAAGACAGAUUGAAUUUACUCGCGCCAUAAAAUCGUUUAUUAGUCGAUGCCGUAACGUACGUUGA